AUGAUCGCUGAGGUGCUCAACAAAGUGUCAGAGGCUCAGGAGGCCUAUGACAUUAUCGAGAAGAACAAGGACAACGUGGAGAUCUUGGAAAGCCUGCACUCGCGGCCCAGCAUCGACCCUUGCAAGCGUAAGCUCCUCACGGCGCAAAAGCCCAUGGAGGUCACUGACGAGAUCGAUCGACUGGCGAAUCGCUUGGCCCUGUCCGAGUCGGAGGGGCGAGAGAUGGUGGCUGCUGUGAUGUCCGAGCUUCAGGCCGCCGAGGCAGACGCGGACGAGAGCCUGGAGGAAUCGAAGGCCUUGGAGAAACUCCGCAAAGAGCAGAUGGAGCACGUCCUUCACCAGAAGAAGACGUUGGAUUGGAUCGAAGGGGGCGCUGGCAUGUCAAACGUGGUGAACAGCGGGGAGAUCAGUGAAGAGCAGUUCCAAGCGAUGAGCGAGGAGGAGCAGAACAAAGCUUGGCAGAACGAGCGUUCCAAUAAGAUCGAGAAACGCUUCACAGUCACCCUGCGCGCGGCCACGGAGCUCCACAAGUCCUUCCCGUCAGUGCACGAGCACAUACGCCAGAAGGAGGAAUGUGUGGAACAGUUGAAGGAGAAGGCUUCAGAGGCCAUGGAGGCCCGCGUGGCCGUCUUCCAACACGUGGAGCGAGUCGAAAAGCAUCUGGACGAGGAGACUCGGAAGAGCAUUCGCUGUGAAGAGGAGCGAGGCAAAUCCACCGACCAGCUGCAAGUGGCCAUGGACAAUCUGCAGGAGACCAGGAAGGCCUUCUUGAAUGCCUUGAUUGCGGCCGUGGAUGCCAGGAUUGAGUCGGACGCCGACUAUCAGCACGAAAAGAGGAUGGAGCCACUCUUGUUUGAUCCGCUGCGAGACUAUUCAGAUGAUCUGGUAUAUCGGAAGUUGUUGCUGAGCCACGGUAUCACGAGGCUGGCGACCCAGGCCUGGUUCUUCAUUGCACCCUUGGUCUUGCUGCGCUUCACGCCCGGUCGCCUUGAAGGCCCCGCCGUGUGGGGCCUCGCAACGAUGCUGGGCUCGGCACUACUCACACCACCCUUGGGUGCUUGGGCAGACCGGAUGGAUCGCUGCUGGGUGGUGACGCUGGGCGUCAGCGCGCAGGCAUUGGCCGUGCUGGGCUCCACGUGGGUUUUGGCGCUCGAUGCCGUCCAGAGCGGCUCUGGUGCGGCACUGCCAGCACUGGGGGCCUUCACAUGCUUUAGCGUGCUGGAAGAGCUGGCCAGCAGCCUGAGCGAUGUGGUGGUGAAACGGGACUGGGCACCACGGCUCUUUGAGGGUGAACGUUUGAGACGCGCCAACUCGAUGAUGUCGCAGAUCGACCUUUGGAGUAAGGCUCUGGGACCCUUUCUGGCUGGGUUGCUCAUGACCUUGCUGGGCGAUGCCUUUGGCUUCGUAGCAGUUGGACUCUUGAACGUCCUCUCGUUCCCACCGCAGCUCCUGCUACUGCGCAGCAUCUACACUGAACGUGUGUCCCAGCUGCAGCCUUUGCCAAAGGAGGUGCACGAGGCAAAGCCUUUGACGGCGAAGAGUGCGGCUUGGAGGGCGUGGCUUGAUCACCCCAGUGGCAUCCAGUUCUUAGGCAUCUCCUACUCCCUCCUGUAUCUGACGGUACUCUCUCCAGCAGGCCCCUUCCUCACGGCACACCUGGCGCAGUGGCAGGUGUCCAGUUUACAGCUCUCCUUGUUCAGAGGCGCCGGGGCAUUAGUUGGAGUCGCUGGCGUCAUGGUGUACCCCUUUGCUCAAGACCUUCUUGGCCCUCAGCUGGCCGAUGCCGUUUUCGCACUCUGGCUGGCCACUUGGAUUCUUUUGGCGCUGGACACCUUCCACCAAGCCGUUUCUGCUGGGGGGGCCUCUCCGGCUCUCCUCAUCUUCAUGUGUGCGGUGUGCCUUGCACGGCCUGGGCUUUAUGGCUUUGAGUUAGGCUUGCUGAACACCCAGCAGGACCUCUCCGAUGCUCGACAUCGAUCUGCCAUCGGUGCCGUGGACUCGGCACUCGUCUCCUUGGCCACCUUGGCGAUGUACGGGUCCGGGUUGGUGCUUUCACGGCCUGAGCAGUUUGUGGUGCUGGUCGAUAUGUCUACCCUUUUCGUCUCACUAGGCGUUGGCACUUACCUGAUGUGGAUGCUUUUGUACCAUUCGCACAAGCACAGGCUGGGAGAGAGCAUGAGUGCGACCCGCUCGGAGUUGCAAAAGGCCGUUGAGGCACGCGACUUGGUGUUGUAUCGCUGUGACCAAGUGGAGAAGCAGGUCGCCGAACAGACGGAGGCAGUGCGGCAGAAGAUCGAGGAGAAGCAGAAGGAUCUAUUGUCGCACACGGUGCCGAGCGUGAAGGAGCAUAUGCUGAAUCUCGCAUUGAGUAAUGAGCUCUUGAACCGUGUGAGGGAGGAGAAGAAGGAAGAGUUGGAGGUUCUUCACAAGGAGCGCGAUGUGGCCAUUGCCAAGGUGAACGCCUUGAGCACCAAGCAGCGGGGCAACAAAUCCAAGCUAGAUCUCUCGCGCAAGAAGGAGGAGGUGAGCAAGUACAUCAAGCUCAUUGAGAGCCGCCAGCAGGUCUUGGAGGCCUUGGAGACGGAGCUCCACCGGGCUUCGGAGCAAUAUGAGUUCUGCCGGUCCUUGGGGGUGCACCACUCAGAGCUGGACCAUGAAGAUGCCAUGCGUUUGGCCAAGGCAGAAGCGGACCGUUGCCUGGGCAGCUUUGAAUUUUGGAAGGAGGAUGAGGCUGAGGCCAUCACUGAGGAGGCCGACCCGAACUGCACCACGUUGCAGCUCAUCUCGGCCAAGAAGGACCUCGAGGAUCAGAUGACGCAGGCCUUCAAGAGGGAGCUGGAUCAGGUUCACGCGGACAACCGCCUUGAGCACCAGAGGAAAGAUGAACAGCUGGAGGACAUGCGGGCCCAGAUGGAGCAGCAGCAGGAGGUCACUGCGAGAAUGCAGGACAUGAUGGUGCAGAUGCAAGAGAUGCUCCGAAAAAGCGGUGUGGCACUUCCACAGGAGAUGCCCCGUGCCGACUCGGAGGGUCGGGAGCGAACGGAAGCGGAAGACAGGACUGGGCCCAUGAGCCAUGAGAUCGUCCUGUACUCCAAGGGCAAGGGCAAGGGCCUGGAUGAUCCGCUGCGGCGCUUCACGAAGCGCACCGUGGACUAUGGCUCUCCCAUGGUGCGUUGGUUGGAGGAUUGCUUGAGCCGUCCCAAGCGGCGACGGUUCCAGCGUCACUACAACUAUACCAAGGAGCUGGUGCUGCCCUUUGCCAUGCCUCAAAACCCCUACGAUGGCAUUUGCCCGCGCUUUGUGCAUGCGGCUGUGAACAAGAACAGGUCUCCGGUGCAUGUGGUCACCUGGUUUCCCAACGGUCGAAGGGUCCUCACCGGAACUCUCGCUGGAGAGAUGACCAUUUGGAGUGGCUUGCAAUUCCACUCGGAGAACGUCAUGCAAGCCCAUAAUGCCGGGAUCAAGGCCAUGCGUUGGACACCGGAUGAGUCGGUGAUGGUCAGUGGCGACCAGCUGGGCUUCAUCAAAUUGUGGGAUCAAUACAUUUACAACUUCCAGACCUUCCAGGGCCACAAGGACUCUGUGUGUGACAUCGCUAUUGCGCCCACGGGUGAGAAGUUCUGCUCCUGUGCGGAUGACUCCCAUGCCAAGGUCUGGGAUUUGCGAACAGGUGAGGAGGAGCGUGCCUUUACCGGCCAUGGCUGGGACGUUAAGUGCUGCGCCUGGCAUCCCACCAAAGGCUUAGUGGCCACUGGAUCGAAGGACUCGCAGAUUAAGUUGUGGGAUCCUCGUGGCAGCGAAGCGAUCACCACGAUCUUCUGCCACAAGAACACCGUGACCUCCGUGGCUUGGAGUCCCAGCGGCCAGUGGUUGGCGAGCGCUUCGCGAGAUCAACUGGUGAUGCUCAUGGAUAUCCGAACCAUGAGUGUUCGCAAAGUCUUCAAGGCGCACCAGAAAGAGGUGACCUCUCUUUGUUGGCAUCCUGAAAGUGAUGGCCUUCUAGCGUCGGGGGGCUAUGAUGGUGCGAUCCACUUUUGGGGCACUCAGGGCUCCUCCUCGCCCAUCGAAUCCCUUCCCUUGGCCCAUGAAGGACCUGUUUGGUCCUUGGCUUGGCAUCCUUUGGGACACUUGUUGGUGAGUGGAUCCAAUGACUACUCCACGCGCUUUUGGUCUCGCGCGCGGCCGGGCGAUCGAGCCUUCGAGCAGUUCCUGCCCAAGCGCGUGGGGGUGAUCCCCGGCGAAGCUUAG